AUGUCCAUAGACACGGAGACGCAGCCGUCGUUUGCCGUGGGAGAGUGGCACCCGACGUCCCUGCUGCAGGUGGCCACGAGGGACGCCGACGGGGAGGAAGACGUGCUCGUGAUAGACCUGCUCUCCCUCAAGGACGGCCUGCUCCUGCCCGAGAGCUUGAGCGAGGCCCUGUCCGGCCCGUUCGGCUCGCCGAACGUGGUCAAGCUAGGUGUCGGAUUAGCCAACGACUUGGACGAGAUGUCGUUCGCCUUUGAGGAAACCCCGUUCCUGGAGCAAGUCCCAGGAGUGCUCAACCUUAACGCUCUCAACACCAAGCUGACAGGAGGAGCUUGCAACGACCAAGGCAUCCCUCGCGACUUGGGGCUCAGAAAGCUCGCGUCAAUGUACCUCGGGCGCUCCCUGAGCAAGAGACAGCAGAUGUCCCGGUGGGCGCGCCGCCCGCUGCAGAGCGCUCAGGUCAACUACGCGGCGUGCGACGCCCUAGUCGCGCUGAGGGUUUUCGAUGCUCUCUUGCUCGCGUUGGGGUCGUUGGAUGUGGGCGAGCUUUGCACUACCUGGACACCCAGACGUUACUCGUGA